AUAUGAAACAAGCAGGCAACGAAGCAAGCAAGCAGCCUUCGUGACGCAAGCCUCUGAGUGAAUUGAAAACAUGAAAAUUCUACCAUUUGUAUCCGGUUUGGUUGUGCUCACCUGGUUCGUUCAGUGCCAAGGACAGACUGAGGAUUGUCAAACUAAAGGAGAGAUCCCCAUCUCAGAAAUUGUGGCAAGUGGGGGGAAAACCUUACAGGGAUGCCCCUACAGUUAUUUCGUACUCACUAUCGAGCCCUUGACGUCGAUAUUUAUAAGUCGAGGGAACUUUGAGCUUCAAAUCAAAGAUGGGGGGGAAAGCCUGCCAACCUUCACAACCAAUGUAACCAGGUCUUUGAAGAUCGCCACGAAAUCGGAUGAGGUCACGCUAACCGGUUCCGGCGACAUCACUCUAAAGAUAUCGUUUCAAGAGUUUCCCCUAAUUUUGACCACCAAAGACAUUGCCAAGCCACUCACUGGGCGAGAAAAGAUCGCCGACUUGCAACCCAAUUCCCGUCAUCAUUACAACUUUGACACAAUUGAGGGGGUGCACGAAUUGGAUGUUACGUGGAACCUCCAAGAAUUGGACAAUGGCUUUUUGGCCGUGAGAUCGGGGAAUGGUCGCAUUGGAUUGUUGUCAGUCAGGGGAUCCAAAACUAAUCAGGAAAAGGUGGCAGUGAUGGUCAAAGACGAGGAAAGCACUUUGCAAGUGGAUUUGAUCACUCAAAAUUCGAUCCAUGCGUUUUCCAAUGUCAUUGAUUUUGAGCUCAAGUACAACUUAGCCGAGAAAGAGAUCAUCACAACAACGCAAGAGCCUUCAACCGAGCCAACACUGAAUCCGGACAUGGAUCCCGUAGAGAUAUUUGUUGUAGCCGUGAAUGAGGAAGAUUUUGCCGCGAGCAAUGCCGUCAAGUUGCAAGACACAAUCGAGAAUUGGGCUCAAGAAUAUAUCAGUGGGUCCAAUGGCACCGCUGGAAGUUGCAAUGUUCAAUUUUUCCCUUUGGUCUCUUGUCGGCAAAUUUGUCAAAUGACCGCUGAUAUUGAUCGAGGUUGUGUGGCAUUUUUCGUGAACGUUGUGCCCAACAUUUUCUGUCCAUACACAAACUCUCUUCUUCGUCGGGAUGUCGAGUCCGACAAGCAAUCCGAGUUGGACGGCCUAGUUGAUGAAUUCAAGGCCAAACGGAUCAUUGCCGACAAUUGCUUGCAAGGUGAACAUGGUUGGCUCAUUAUGACGAUCUUAUUGCCCGUUGGAACGGUGGUGUUUAUGAUUUUGGCCGCCAUUGUGAUGAGCUUCGCCAAUCGUUCCACUAAGAUGAAGAAGACGAAGGGAAUAGAAUUGGAUAAAUCCCGUGACGAGGCUGAUCCUACCACUCUUAACGGUCCAUUACCCGCUUAUCUAUCAGUAGAGCAUUAAAAAGACAAAACCCUGAAAUAGAUGCCACAAGCUAUA